ACUUUUGAUGACUAUUUUCCAGAUUUUAUAACUUGGUUCAUGAACAAAUUAAUUUCUUUCGUCGAAACAAUCAUUUAGCGGCCGAUCUUCUUCAUUCGAUUUUUAUUUAAGUGUGAGAUAAAGGGAAUACGAGCGGUACAGAUAAGUUUAUUACAAGGAACAGUAUUCAGCAAUAUGUAGUGACACGCGCGAAUGCCUGGCUUCGACUGACUCUCUCGCCUCCUAGCUGUCAUUUUCGCUGUCAUUUGACCGAGGGGUAGCCCUGUCCUACAUAAGUUCCUUUUUUAUCGUAUUCUUUCUUGCUUGUCUGUGUCCCUAUUGCUGUUCUCUGCCCUCUUUGCUGGCACGUGCUACACACACAUUAUUCCGGAAGGAAUUCCUAUCGCGUUCUCCCUUUUCAUCUACCGUUUGCUUUGUGGUCAAAUGGAACAUGUGUGUCCUACAAGUCAAAGACCAUUUGGGGUGCUUUGCUAGAGGGCUGUAAACUUUAUACUGAUCCCCCUUGAUACAAAGCAAAUGAUAGCACAGGGACGAUCCUCACGCUUUACUGACGCAGGGAGAAAGAUAGUGGGUCGGGUCAACAUACCGACGCAGUUCACUCUUGUCCUUCGUUCCGUGCAGAUCAAAGCUUCCUAGUGUGUGCGCAAGUUGUGCGUUAUUAUUGUGCUCUGGAGGAACUGUAACCGGUGAUCGAGAUGGAGCACUACACGCUGGGUAUAGACAGGAUAAGCUCGUACGGCACGAUUGAUGCUACCGGUGGUGGUUCUACGUAUCUGUCCCAUUACCCAACGCCAGAUACCUCGCUGUGUCGGAGCAGCUACAGUGCGUCAUCUCCUGGGACGAGUCCAUCGGUGUCUGGACCGGAUCUAAGUCACACCAACUUCGGACUAUCCUUUGCUGAUGUAAUGUUCGACGGAGAAUCGUUUGUCCAGAUAAGCUCAUCUGAUCUUCAAAUAUUCGGUUCUGCUGGAUCUCAUAACACCGGUGAGCCGGCCGAUUGUUCCAGUCAAAAUCUACCCAACUCCCUCUACACAACGGAAGUGCCAAGUUGCGGAAACACUUGCUCCACUCUAACCUCUACCCCUGUCAGUUGCAAUACGAACGCGCGCCGUCUGUACAAGACGCGUAAAUCGAUCUCCGCGCUAGUGGGCAAAGAUCGCAAAAAGGAUUGUACUCCGACGAGUCCGACGGUGUUGAAAAAACGACGCCUCGCAGCGAAUGCACGUGAACGGAAGCGUAUGAACAGUCUCAAUGUGGCGUUCGAUCGGUUGCGCGAGAUCGUACCUUCGCUCGGCCCAGACCACAAGCUGUCCAAGUUUGAAACGCUUCAAAUGGCUCAAACGUACAUUAACGCGUUGAGUGAUCUGCUGGAACGUGGAGCAGACGCCACUACGUACAGCCUUUUCGACAGUCUCGAUUCCAGGGCGAAUGAUACGAACAACAACAGCAGCAGUGAAAAUGGACAUCUGAAUGAUAAUGCGAGCCUGAACGAGUUAGGAGAUGAAGAAUCGUUAGAUGAUGGAUUUUUAGAUAUUGGAUAUGCGUAACUCUCGACAUGGGGAAUUAAACAAUUAGUAUGAAAGUAAAACUAUUUUAAUCGGUUAAGAAACACGAAAAUGUACCAGUGAUAUUAUACAACUUUGUCGGAAAUGGAGUUCCACUUGCCAGUGAUCGUGAAGCAAGACAGUACGAGUUAGUUGCGUUCUAGUCGUAAGCGUUUGUUUAUUCUUUUUUUUACUCCGAAUGGAAUCGAAUGAUAUUAUACUGAUAUUGUGUAAGAACUAUUGCAUGUGUGUGAACAGUUUUAAAUGAAUUAAAAAUAAAGCAGCAUGGA